AUGGAUCAAUUCCAAGACUCUACGCGCGGUGACGGGCAGGAACAGAUCAUGUCUCCUCGCCUGGAACUAGCCGAGCAGUUUCUGGGUGGACAGAGCCACUUUCCACCUCGUCAGUCAAGUUUAGAUCACAGUAAAUCGGCGGCUGACGACGCGCGCAUGCCCAAGUCUGCGACAGGGGCAUCUUCCAUCUCAGCUGAGAAACAACCCGCAAAAGUUCCCAAGAGUUCUGCUGCCGACGAGGCCAAAUUGAGCCGGCGUUCGUCGACAUCGACCAUUCCCCCGCCACCCGAGCCUGAGCCGGACCAACCGUUUGAUUUUCAUCGCUUUUUAGAGCAACUGCGUCACCGUACUGCGGACCCGGUCGCGAAGUUUCUACGCUCAUUUCUCCAUGAGUUUGGGAAGCGACAAUGGAUGGUCCAUGAACAAGUCAAGAUUAUCAGCGAUUUCUUGGUGUUCAUCACAAACAAAAUGGCUCAGUGUGAAGUAUGGCGCGAUGUGUCCGACAGUGAAUUCGACAAUGCCAAAGAAGGGAUGGAGAAGCUCGUAAUGAAUAGACUAUAUUCCCAAACUUUUUCACCAGCUAUUCCUGGUCCGCCCACAAUCCCACGAAGUGCGCGUAGAAGCAAAAGGCGCGAGAUGGAGAGGAUGCAUGGCCCAUGGAGGCGAGGGCAGCAUCAGGAGGAUAUAGAGCGAGAUGAAGUUCUCGCUCAGAAGAUGCGAAUUUACAGCUGGGUUAGAGAAGAGCAUCUGGACAUACCGCCAGUGAGCUCUCACGGUCGCCGUUUCUUGAAUUUAGCUCAGCAGGAAUUGUUGAAGAUCAACGGCUAUCGGGCUCCUCGCGAUAAAGUUAUCUGCAUUUUGAACUGCUGCAAAGUUAUAUUCGGUUUGCUGAGGAACUCUAAAAGAUCUGACACGUCUGCCGAUUCUUUUGUGCCGCUUUUGAUCUACGUGGUGCUGCAGGCCAAUCCCGAACAUCUAGUAUCGAAUAUACAAUAUAUCCUGCGGUUCCGCAACCAGGAUAAGCUUGGAGGGGAAGCUGGAUACUACUUAUCAUCACUGUCGGGAGCGAUUCAAUUCAUCGAGACACUGGACCGAACGAGCCUAACAGUGAGCGACGAAGAGUUUGAGCGAAGCGUUGAAGCUGCCGUAUCCGCUAUUGCCCAGCAAAACCGCGAGUCCGAGACCUUGGAGCGCCAAACCUCAGGCCAGGCAUCACAGUCUAGCGAUGAAGAUUCGGCCCCAGUAGCAGGGCUUCUGCGGACCAUUCAGAAGCCAUUGUCGACCAUUGGAAGAAUCUUCUCUGAUGAGCCAGACUCCCCUCAGGAUCGGCCCACGCAGUCUGGGGCAUCGCCACGACUGACACCGAACGUGUACCAGCCGCCCCGCAAUAGCAGCGAAGGCCGGCGAUCGGCGGAGAGGCCACGCACACGGAGAAUCCAUCGUGCAGAGCACAACAACGUCGUAGAGACUCUGUGUAAUAUGUUCCCCAAUCUUGACCGCGAUGUCAUUGAUGAUGUGGUCAAGAUAAAGGGUGGAAGGGUUGGAUUAGCAGUAGACGCGUGCCUUGCUCUUAGUGCUGAGUGA